AUUUGCUUGGUUCAGGGAGUUUUGGAUAUGUAUAUAAAGGGAGGCUUUCAGAUGGAAUGAAUGUUGCAAUAAAAGUUUUUAAUUUGCAAAUAGAAGGAGCAUUUAGGAGUUUUGACAUUGAAUGUGAAGCUAUGCGUAAUAUACUCCAUCGCAAUCUUGUCAAGAUCAUUACUUGUUGCUCCAAUGUUGACUUCAAAGCCUUGGUGCUUGAUUUCAUGUCUAAUGGAAGUCUUGAGAAAUGGUUACAUUCUGAAAACCAUUUUCUUGAUAUCUUACAAAGGAUCAACAUAAUGGUAGAUGUUGCAUCAGCUUUAGAAUAUCUCCAUGCUGGACAUCCAACACCUAUAAUCCAUUGUGACUUAAAGCCAAGUAAUAUCCUACUAGAUGAAGAUAUGGUUGCACAUGUGGGAGAUUUUGGCAUUGCCAAAUUGUUGGGAGAAGGUGAAUUAAUGAAGCAAACCAUGACUCUUGCGACUAUUGGCUAUAUGGCACCAGCAAAUUGUAUCUCAUCUAUCAUGGAGUUAGCUUUGAAUUGUUCAUCUGAGUUACUUGAAGAAAGAAAAGAUAUGAAGGAUGUUGUGGCUACACUCAAGAAAAUCAAACAAAACUUUUUGAACAAAAUUGAGCAGGUUUAA